GAGAGCCGUGUGCGGGGCGGGGCCGGCCAUUCCAGUCAGGAGCCCGGGCUCGGUGCGCUGUGUGACGGGGCCUCCCCGGGCUCUUCCCGCACUACCAGCCCCCGAUGGAUUAAGUCGAGCUCCGAGAAGGAAAGUUGGGUUUUUCUCCGGGACGAGGACUGAAGGGGAAGCCGCCAUGAAGAAGCAGUUCAACCGUAUGAGGCAGCUGGCCAACCAGACGGUCGGGAGAGCGGAAAAGACAGAGGUUUUAAGCGAUGACCUUCUAACUAUUGAAAAACGACUGGACGCGGUGCGCUUUGUUUGCCACAAUGCUCACAAGCGAAUUCUGGGCUGUUUGCAGGUGCCGCCUGGCACCGACCCUGAGAAAAGAUAUAAAAAGCUGCCUCUUAUGGGGGUGUCCCAGUCCUUGAUGGAAGGAUGUGCGCAGCUCAGUGAUGAAACCCUCGUAGGGAAGACCUUGUACUCAUGUGGAGAUGCAGAGCAACGGCUGGCCCAGGAGCUCUCUCAGCAUGAAUUUCAGAUCGAAAAAGACGUCUUGGAACCCCUAAACCAGCUGACGGAGGGUGACAUCCCCAACAUCCAGAAGCAGAGAAAGCAGCUGGCUAAGCUAGUACUGGACAUGGACUCCGCACGGGGAAGGUAUAACCAAGCAGUGAAAUCCUCCAGUGCUAAUUUCCAGAUGCAGCCUGGGAAACUGGACACUUUAAGAGAAGAGAUGGAAGAAGCGGAGAAUAAAGUGGAGCAAUGCAAAGAUCAGCUGGCAGCUGAUAUGUAUAAUUUUCUCUCCAAGGAAGGGGAGUACGGUCAAUUUUUUGUCACGUUAUUAGAGUCACAAGCAGAAUACCAUAGAAGAGCACUAGCUGUUUUAGAAAAAGCACUGCCUGAAAUCCAGGCCCAGCAAGACAAAUGGGCGGAGAAGCCGGCUUUUGGGACAGCACUGGAGGAGCACCUAAAGCGCAGUUCGCGGGACAUUGCUGUUCCUAUAGAAGCCUGUGUAAUGAUGCUGCUUGAGACUGGGAUGCGGGAAGAGGGCUUGUUCAGGAUAGCCGCUGGGGCCUCCAAGCUGAAGAAGCUAAAAGCAGCUCUGGACUGUUCUACGUCCCACCUGGAAGAGUUUUACUCAGACCCCCAUGCUGUGGCAGGAGCCUUAAAAUCUUACCUUCGCGAGCUGCCUGAACCUCUGAUGACCUUUGCCCUGUAUGAUGAGUGGAUCGCUGCUGGGAAUGUCCAAGACCAGAGCACAAAGCUGCAGAGUUUGUGGGUCGUGUGCCAGAAGCUACCCAAGCCCAACUUUGAAAAUUUCAGGUAUCUGGUAAAGUUCUUGGCCAAGCUGAGCCAAAGCAGCGACGUGAACAAGAUGACACCCAGCAACAUUGCAAUCGUCCUAGGUCCAAAUCUUCUGUGGUCAAAGCAUGAAGGAACGCUAGCAGAGAUGGCUGCUGCCACCUCUGUCCAUGUGGUGACCAUCAUUGAACCCAUUAUACAACACGCUGACUGGUUCUUCCCUGAAGAGCUGGAUUUUAACGUAUCCGGUGCCUUUGCUGCGGCCGCUCCUGCCGCUCAUCAGAAUAAUGACACUGUGCACUAUGAGUUCAGUGCCAUGGAACGCAAGAGGCCAGUUAGCAUGGCGGUCAUGGACAGUGAUCUCCUAAAGAAGGAAAACAUUGGCAUUAAAGUGCUAGACUUUCAGUUCAAUCCAAGGAGAAGUGGAACCUUAACGCGGAAACAUGCAUCCCCCGCGUUUCAACCUCCUCUUCCACCCAGUGAAGGUGGACUGUCAGCAGAGAUGCCCGCAAAUGCAUCAGAUGCUAACGCAGCUAAUUCUGUGCCAGUACAGCCUGUAGCAUCUGCAGAUCCCGCACCAACCUAUGGGCAGGAGGAGUCCAGCUCUAACAAGACCAAAGAAACACCUACAGCAACCACGCCGCCAUCUCUGCGGAAUGGAAAUCACCUGCCAUCCAGUGGGAGCACAAACCAGUUGGCGGUUGUUCCUGCACCACAAGGCACUGCCAAUCCAAGUCCUCACUCCAGUAGACGAGUUACCAAGAAACCAGCCCCAGCACCCCCAAAGCCAGCCAACCCCCCUCCAGUAAAUCAGAAUCUGCCAGUGGCAUCUAAUGUUCCUCCUCCUGUCUCAACCAAACCAUCCAACCACAAUCCUCUUCCUCCAAGCACUACAAGUAACCAAGGAGGAACGGCGGCUCCUUCUGCCUAUUCACAUGGCACCUUACCACGCAGGCAUUCAAGCAGCCAACCCAUAAUCCAGGCUCCUAGUCACCCACCCCCACAACCACCCACUCAGCCAACACCUCAGCCCACACCUCAGCCCAAGCCCACCGCUCAGCUCGCAGGUGCUGCACCGACAGUACCAGCCACAGAACAGUCCUCCAGUCCGUCACAGUCUCCAACACCCCCAGAUACUCCUCCUCCUCUUUCCGAUCACCCAGGUUCCCAGACCGGCCUCCCUGAAGCCACCCUGACAUUUGCCCCACAAAACACCGGAACACUUACCCGGCAGCGUCCGGUUCCUAAACCCCGCAUUCGACCCACAGUCCCUCCACCGCCCCAGCCCCCUGCAUCCCAACCUUCUGUGGAAGCUCAGCCAGGAUCUGCAUCGAAAGUUAUCACUGAUGUAUGAUGUGACAUUAUCAGUAACACUGACAUUGGGAAGUACAGAUGAUCCAGUUCAUGGAUAUCCUGAUGCUGAAUCUGUCUGCACGGUUCCCAUUGUAGAUCCUCCGCUGCCGGCCGGCCUUCUUGACACAGACGUGGAGAGCACUGCUCUGUAAGACGUCAGAUGGAGGUGGUCUGCACUCCUACGACUAUGGACAGUCCAGCCCUGCAGACCCGUGACGGUCAUCACGACAAGACCCAAGCAGCGAGAAGCUCGUUCCUCUUCCCACCCCCCAAACCCCCCUCCGUGGUUUGUAGGACUUUCAAUGACCUGAUGUGUCUUGCCUUCUGAAGACCUGGACGAGGCCGGAGCCUUUGUGAUGACCGCUGGCCGUCUGUCAGGACUGAGUGGACCAGUCUAUAUAAAUAUAUAUAUAUUUCUAGUUUAUGCCACUAUUAAAAUGACGUAUUUAGCCGGAGGGCAGAAGUCUCUGCAGACAUUCCACCGACACACUUCCAUGUGUUUUUUUUUUCUUUUUUUUUCUGUUAACACCUCGUGCGCCAGGCGGUUUGGAUGACACGGGAACAAGAAUGGAGACCGUAAUGGAAAAGUGUGAGAGAAGCUAUAAAAGUAAAUGAUGUCAAGGGCACAUAGUGUUUUUGGGAACUGCUGGCUUUUAGUUACCAUCUAUAGAGUGUAAACCUCUACGCCCCCCCACACACUCCCUCUCACCCUACGAUCGCUGGGGCACGGAGACUGAAGGAAGGAACCCGUUCGUCUUCUGCUGAGGCUCAUCCAUUAAGUUCAUUUUUCUGAAUUUUUUUUUCAACCAUUUCUGCUCUGCUGCUAUAGCUGUUUUUGUUUUCUUGCUUUGAGGGUAUUAACAUCUUCAGACUGCAAGAUGCACUGUUAUACCGUCUACAGGGCCUGAGGGGGCGGAGCAUGACACAGGGAUUUAAAGGAGUUUUGGGAGAUUCUGAUAUUGAUGAACUUUCCUCAGGAUAGGUCAUCGAUAUCAGAUUGGUGGGAGGUCUGACACCGAUCAACUGUUUAAAGAGGCCGCUGCCUCUUUACAGCUCACUAAGCACACCGCCGUCCAUUGGGUAGUGACUGUGCUUGGUAUUGCAGAUCGGCCCCAUUCACUUGAAUGGAAAUGAGCUGCCUAGGCCCCGUGACUGAUGAACGUGAUGUCACUGGCCUAGCAAGAGGCUCCAGCGCUUACUUGAGAACCAUGGUCUCCUCAAGCAGCUGAUCGGUCAUCAGUGUCAAAAACUCGGGCAACCAGAUUACUGAACACUAAAGAGAACCUGCUGUCAUGCUCUGCCACUUCAGGCCUCGCAGUAGGCAUAGCACAGUACGUUAGCGCCCAUUGAUGUGUCUGGAGAAGUCAUUGGUUGGCGGUCCACGAGCAAAGACUUCCACCGAAAGCUAGGGCACUCCACCCCAUUGGCUCCCUGACAGGUGUCAGUGGAAGCCUAAAGAGCAUGACGCUGGUUAUCGCCGCCCUGGUGUUGGCGAAGGUUGUGGCUCAUGGCCCGCCAAUGCAGAAGGUAUAUAUGCUGAAGAGAUAGAAGAUACAGACUACUGAUGCCUCCCGUUACCUGCCCUCUACGACUGCACAAAGCUCCGGAAUCACCACUGCAUUUACCAUUAACCUUGAUGAUGAUAUACGGACUUCUCUCCAUACUUACCUACUGUACAGCGAAGGCGGCCAUAUUGUUAACAAAACAGCUCUAGUCCCUUCAAACCAAUAAACACUGACUUUUCAUUACUGGCGCCCAUGGCUCUAUUGUAUUGGUUGGCUCCGUACCAAACGCAUUUAUAUUGGUAAUGGCGCCUUUUCAGGUAGAAGUGCUGCUUUAGUUGUAUCUAUUACCCACCCGGCAUUUGUUACGGUGCUUUUCACUUCCCCUAUUGACGUCGGUGGCGGGAGGAAAUAUGAGGCUAAUAAAAACUGCGGUCAUGUAACAUG